AUGCUUAAAACCAGUAAAAUUGGGAAUUUAUCGAAACCUAACAUCUCCUCUUUAACCCUUGUUUUCGACCAACUGAGGUACCUCAGUUUCGCAGAGGCUUACAACCCUGAGCGUGUUGCUGCUAUUUUGAAGCUGAUUCUUGCAAAAACUGGCCCACUGUCGUGUGAGGCUGUGAAAUCUCUUCUUGCCAGAUUUGUAAGAUCCGAGUGCGACGAAUUUGAUCUAGUGCGGCUGUUACUCAACCACCCGCGCCAGCCUGGGUUUCGACUUGAUGUAGAACAAUCAUCACUAGUAAUCGCUGCGCUAUUUGGAAACUACAAGAUGCUGGAAGUGCUGACCAAUGAGCCUCAUAAUAUUAAUGGAUGCCAGGCAUAUGCCUGGUGGGGAUUGAACAACGUUAAUUUUUGUACCAAGUUCUACCGAUGUUGGGACGGGCGCGGAAACUUGGGACGCAAGAUGUUGUUUCCGGAUUGUGCACCGAUACUUAUGUUACCCUUACAGAUUCCAACCCCAUUAUUUGGGGGAAUAAUGUCGCGGAGUUUAGAAGUGGUUCAACUUUUAAUUGAUAAAGGUGCUGAUGUCAAUGCUAUCACCCCGCUGGGGACACCAUUAUUUUUUGCAUCGGGGGGUACUCGUAGCGAAUCUAUGGUCCGGCUACUCAUUCAAAAUCAAGCCGAUAUCAUCACGUAUGACGCUGGAGGGAACGAGCAACCCUCACCUCUGGUGAUUGCUGCUGCUAAGGGAGCUUUUAAUAUCGUGGAUACGCUCUUAAAAGCGGGUGCGAAAGUUGACCAAGGUUCCGCCUCAGCGCAUUCAAUCUAUGGCACGAACCGUGGCGGUCAUAAAGUAAUAAAAAGAAAGUAUCCUUCUGCCAUUGAAGCUGCAGAAAUGGAAGGCCAUAAAGAGGUUGCUAAACUUCUGCGAGAAUAUAAAGCUAAAACUGACGCCACGGCGGCAGAAGAGGUCACAAAGGUCAUGACACCAGGCCAGAUUGAAGAGCUGGAGGAUGAUUGCACGGAUUGA